AUGGCGGAUCCACUGGUGACCAAAGCAGAUCUUAAGGGAAUCACCACGGUUUUUAUCGCGGCUCUAACUGCUUUGACUGAACAGAUGACGAAUUUAGCAAAUCAGGUGAACACAACAACAACAGGAAUCGUCGAAGAGAACAUGUUAGGGUUCCACGGGGUGGAAACAAUCAUCAUGCUAUUAAUGUUAUUGCUGAAAAUUCGAGUUUCGAAGAAGGCUGAUAUUCCAUUAUUCUAUGAAACGAUGGGAGUGGAGAAAUUUCUAGAUUGGAAGAUCGAUGUUGACAGAUUCUUCGACGUUAUGGGUGUUCCUGAGAACAAGCAAGUUAAGAUGGUGGCGAUCAGGCUGAAGAGUACUGCAGCUGUUUGGUGA